AAAGUGUGAAAAUGUCUGCAGACCAACCGCUCGGAGCUUUGGUGAAUGUGCAGCAGUCUAAAGAGAAAGACCAGAGGAGCCCCAGAGCCGAGCUGCACAAGGCGGGUGCCCAGAUGCCUUCAGAGACUCCACAGAUUAAAGUGGAGCCAGAGGAGCCAGAGGAGCCAGAGGAGCCAGAGGAGCCAGAGGAGCAGAGUGUCAAACAGGAAGAAGAGCUACUUGCUGUGUGUGUGAAGACAGAAGAGUCCUCACUGCUUCAACAAAGAGAGGACACACAGGGUGAGGACAUCAGAGCAGAGACACAUGUCCACAGAGAGGACAUGAGCGCAGAGACACAUGUACACUCAGAGACUGAGGGACACACGGAGCACUCCCCCGACACUGACAAUGAUGGAGACUGGAGAGCUCCAAUCAGCGGUUCACCUGCACAGAUGAACACAGAGGCAGAUGGAAACAACUACAACCAGCUCCAGAUGAGAGCCAGAAGCACGACUGCUCCAAACUCAGGUCUAUUCCCCAAAUAUAAGUCUGCACCAGAGACCAGAGCCAAUGUGGACAAUGGAGACAAGUCAGGAGCAGCCGAAAGAACUGAAAGAAAGAAAUACCAGUGCUCUUUUUGUGGAAAGAAUUUUGGGACUAAACAGGAUUUACAAAGACACACUAGAGUUCACACAGGAGAGAAACCAUUCAGCUGUUCUAUCUGUGAACUCCCCUUUACUCAAAAAAUUACCCUUAAAGUCCACAUGAGAACACACACAGGUGACAAACCAUUCAGCUGUUCAGUCUGUCAGAAAGCCUUUAGGGUAAACUCUACUCUCAAAAUCCACAUGAGGACUCACACAGGAGAGAAACCAUUUAGCUGUUCAGUGUGUAAGAAAACAUUUCCUCAGAACAGUCACCUCGCAGUCCACAUGAGAACGCACACACAAGAGAAGCCAUUCAGCUGUUCAUCCUGUGACAAAACCUAUGCCCACAAGUCUAAUCUCACGUCACAUAUUAGAAUGCACCAUUGAUUGUUUUGGUAUUUUGCAGUUGAUGUCAUUUGUAUUCUCCAGGGGGGGUGAUGCUAACUGUUGGCACUGCUUUGUUUGAAGCUCUGUUACUCAAGUUAGACUUUAAUCUGAGCUUAUUUUACCACAAUCUGACCAUAAAGAGCUGAUCUAGUUCAAACUACAACAGGUGAGCUCAUACUGUUAAACAAAUCCCUCUUAAAUAACAAUACAGUCAGAAGCUAGCUAGCAUUAGACACCGGUCACUCUCACCUUUUUUUUUACUUUUCAGCUCAGUUCAAAAAUGUAGUAGAGUAGAAAGUACAGAUACCUGCUCUCAAAGUGAAGUACAGGUAAAAAGUAUCUACUUUAAACUUUACUUACUUAUUUUCCACCAGUGUAUAUAACCCAAAGCCUGUUAAAUAUGAUCUAUAGCUCCUAUUACAUGGCAUCAUAGGCCGACCUGUCUCGAUGUCGGGACAGCAGACUCUCUUUGACAAUUUGCUGAAUGUCCCUCUCUGUUCAAAGUCCACUAGCUUAAAAUAUCCAGGCUGAAAUUAAUAAAUGUGUCAGAUUUCUAAUGUGGCCUGUUCAUCUUUGUUUCCCAAACUAAAAUAAUCCAAGUUCCCUGUUAAUACUACUGACGGAUUGUACUUUGCUCCAGUAGAGGUGACAGCUGUGCAGAUACCUGCUCUGAUGUCCUCUGUGCUGUGGACACCUGUGCAGAUGAACAUGUGGACAAAGUUGUUGGUUCCCUUCGAUAAGGAAGGUUGUCCAGACUUCUUAUAUACGUUUAUUUUUAAAAUAGUUCUGUUGAAGCAUGGCUGAAAAGUAAUGUCUGACUUUCAUUGGUUAAAUUUCAUAGAAUUUUUAUUUAUUAUUACUUUUGUCAGAUUCAAGUUAUUUUUGUGACCAUUGUGAGUUUUUCCUUCAUUAACUGCACCUUUCAUUAACUUUCAUUUUCAUUAGAAAAUGACAAAAGACCAUUUUAGAAAACAAAUACAUUUCAUUUAAAUUUGACAAAAUACACAAAGAAACCAUGUACAAUCUAUAUAGUAGUAGAUUUUUAUUUUAUUUUUUGUUUGUAUCAAAAUUACUAUGUGUAUCACUGAUUAAGAAAAUAAAAUUGAAGGUUGAAGU